AUGGAGGAUGAGGCCUGGACCAAGGGCCUGAGCUGCGAGCUGAGCCGGUGGCUGAGCAGCUCUGCCAGCAGCUCUGGAGAAAAGGCGAGGACCAGCCCGGCCACUGUGGCUGGCCGCCCGCGCCAGCUGUGCAAAGGCCAAAAUGGGAGGAGUUCCAGACGCAAGAAGAUGGAGCUGGACAGCAGAAGAGCUCAGGCCACCCGCAGCGCUCUCAUCCUCGCCCAUGGCAGCUUGGCACUGCGUGCCUCCAAGGAACAGCUGCUCGCCCGCCUGGAGGGAGACAUCGUGGGCAACAUCCUGCUGCUCUACAGCUGCAGCUGCCGGGACCUGCAGAACACGCUUGCGCUGGUGCAGAGCAUCACUGACUUCAGCUCUGCCUUCCAAGCUGUGGGUGACUCGGCCUGCUUUAACCCCUCCUUGAAGGGCAAGCUGCUGGAGAUCCUGACGGAGUUGCUGAAGAAGUAUUACUUGGGCACCCCUGUCUCCCCAGUGCCCCUCAAGGUGGUUCUGGCCCUGGAGCAGUUGAGCAAGCUGAAGCCCUCUUUAGGAACCAAGGACAUGUGUGACAUGCUGAGUCUGUGCUGCAAGAAUGUUGUGUUGCACCCUUCAGCAAAGAUGAUGAUGAAGAUCAGGAAGUCACAGCAAGCAGCUCAGUACCUGCAGCUUCUGCAAACGUCACUGAAAGCUCUGGGCCGGCUCAUGGUGGUCCUGCUCGAGACAGAGACCAGUGGCUUCUUCCAGAACAUAGUCCAUAGAUCCAUGACGUCAGACAACAUGUGGGAGCGCAAGAGGGCCCUGCAGAUCUGCUCCCAGCUGCUGGCUGCUUGUGAAGAGCGUGGAAGAGGAGAUGCCUGCAAGCACUUUGGCUCCUUGGUGGGAUUGCUGGCGCCUCUGACGUGUGACCCCAUGCCCACAUCCCGCCAGCUGGCUGUCACCUGUCUGAGCUCUCUUCUCCGAAUCCAAGCCAAGGCGACCAACAGAGUCAUCCAGACAGGAGACAUCGGGAGCCUGUGUGUGGGGCUGAAUGACUGCAGCACCAUCCGUCAGCUCCAGACCUCUUCCAAAAUCGCACGGAUUGUGUACAGGAACUUCCCCCUGGAAGACACCGUCGACUUCAUGAUGGCCAUCAAGGACACCUUCCGGAAGGCCAAAGGAAUGCGUGUGCGUGCUGCUGGGAGGUGGAUGAUCACCCUUCUGCAGAUGUAUGGAAAGGACAUCUGUCGGGACGUGCCACUGACCAACUACAUCCUGCGCAGCUGCACGUCGUCGCCGCAGCACAGCACGUUCAUGCCAUUCCUGUCCCAGGCGGUGGUCAUCCUCACCCGCUGUCAGGCAGACAUCACGACUGACAGCUUCUUUCCGGCUGCUUUGAGCCCACAGACAGUGAGACAUGGAGGAAAAUAAGAGAGUUUUGUCUUCAAUGGUGGAGCCAGGAGAAGAAAAAACAAGAGGAAAAAUGAAAAAGGAGAAAGGAGAAAAGAAAAAAGGAAUGGGAGGAAAAGAGAGGAG